GCCUCGCAGAAAUCUCAGGGAAAGGUCAGGCUCCACCCAGGCUGCACUAGGAGGAGCUGCGACGCCAGGGCGGGACCGUCUCGGGCUGGGAGGGCGGGCGGGCGGUGCGCAGACCCCGGAAGUCCCGCCCCGGGAACGCCCGCCCCUGGGCAGUUUUCUGGGUGGGAAGUGCGAUUUUGGCGGGCGGUUGUGACGUUACUAGCGCUUGUGCGGUGGCUGCUGCGCUGCCGCAACGAAUAGGGUUUCUGGCUGCGUAAGAGGGACAGGGGCGCGGAGCUCUGGGAAACUGCGCCAGGCGCCCGAAAGCUGAACACGGGAGUCGCGCGUCUCCCCCGCAGCAGCGGUAAAGCGGAAGUUAUGCUGCAGCCGGAGCUCGGGGUUCCUCCCGGAGCCGCGUCCCGGGGCCCGGCUGCCCCGAGCUGAGCGGAGCAUCCUUUCCGGGUGAGGGGAGGAGGGGACUUGGCGCGUUCCCCUCGCUGCACCGGGAGCCGCAGUCGCGGUGUUCAUGCCGCGGAGCAGCCAGGCUCCUCCGACGAAAACCUGCAUUUAUUUGCUUGCGGGACGUUUGCCUUAAAAAUGGACAAAGACGCCGCCCUCCGGGGUAUUCCUGUUUGCCUGACCCUGAGAGCUCCUUUUUGCUGCAAGACGUGUUGGAUGCUCCUGUUCUCCGAAUUCUGAUACGCUUCUGGGCAUAAUAUUGAAACACAAAACUGUGCUUUUGCUCUCUCUGUGGUUGGCUGAAAAUAGGAUUAUUUUUCGUGCAGGUGUCGUUGUUUAGUCGGCUUUAUUAACAUAUUAAAAUGGCUCUACCCAAAGACGCCAUCCCCUCGCUGUCCGAGUGCCAGUGCGGGAUCUGCAUGGAAAUCCUCGUCGAGCCCGUCACCUUCCCGUGUAACCACACGCUGUGUAAACCGUGCUUCCAGUCGACCGUCGAAAAGGCGAGUUUAUGCUGUCCCUUCUGUCGCCGCCGGGUAUCUUCGUGGACUCGGUACCAUACCCGAAGAAAUUCUCUUGUCAACGUGGAACUGUGGAAGAUAAUUCAAAAACACUAUCCCAGGGAGUGCAAGCUUAGAGCGUCUGGGCAAGAAUCAGAGGAAGUGGCUGAUGACUAUCAGCCAGUUCGUCUGUUAAGUAAACCUGGGGAACUGAGAAGAGAAUAUGAAGAGGAAAUAAGCAAGGUGGAGGCAGAGCGACGGGCCAGCGAGGAAGAAGAAAACAAAGCCAGUGAAGAGUACAUACAGAGGUUAUUGGCAGAGGAGGAAGAAGAGGAAAAAAGACAGGCAGAAAAAAGGCGAAGAGCGAUGGAAGAACAACUGAAAAGUGAUGAGGAACUGGCAAGAAAGCUAAGCAUUGAUAUUAACAAUUUCUGUGAGGGAAGUAUCUCUGCUUCUCCCUUGAAUUCCAGAAAAUCUGAUCCAGUUACACCCAAGUCUGAAAAGAAAAGUAAGAACAAACAAAGAAACACUGGAGAUAUUCAGAAGUAUUUGACACCUAAAUCUCAGUUUGGGUCAGCCUCACACUCUGAAGCUGUACAAGAAGUCAGGAAAAACUCCGUAUCUAAGGACUUUGACAGUAGUGAUAGGAAAAGCCCAACAGGGCAAGACACAGAAAUAGAAGAUAUGCCAACACUUUCUCCACAGAUAUCCCUUGGAAUUGGAGAACAAGGUGCAGAUUCUUCAAUAGAGUCCCCUAUGCCAUGGUUAUGUGCCUGUGGUGCCGAAUGGUACCAUGAAGGAAACGUCAAAACCAGACCAAGCCAUCGUGGGAAAGAGUUAUGUGUCUUAAGUCACGAGCGACCUAAAACCAGAGUUCCCUACUCGAAAGAAACUGCAGUUAUGCCUUGUGCCAGAACAGAAAGUGGGUGCGCCCCCACAUCAGGGGUGACACAGACAAAUGGAAACAACACAGGUGAGACAGAAAAUGAAGAGUCGUGCCUACUGAUCAGUAAGGAUAUUUCCAAAAGAAAAAACCAAGAAUCUUCCUUUGAAGCAGUCAAGGAUCCAUGCUUUUCUGCAAAAAGAAGAAAAAUGUCCCCCGAAUCUUCCCCAGAUCAAGAGGAAACAGAAAUAAAUUUUACCCAAAAACUGAUAGAUUUGGAGCAUCUACUGUUUGAGAGACAUAAACAAGAAGAACAGGACAGGUUAUUGGCAUUACAACUUCAGAAGGAGGUGGAUAAAGAGGAAAUGGUGCCAAACCGGCAAAAAGGAUCCCCAGAUGGGUAUCACUUACGCGCUACAUCCUCCCCUCCAGACAAAGUGCUAAAUGGACAGAGGAGGAAUCCCAAAGAUGGGAACUUCAGAAGGCAAACUCAUACAGAGCAUCCAACACCAGAGAGAGGCUCAAGGGAUGAAAAUAGGCAACUGUCUUUAAAGAUGCAGUUGAAGCAGUCAGUUAGUAGAAGAAAGAUGCCAAGUUCUACUAGAGAUCACUGUAAGGUAUCCAAAAGUGCUCACUCCCUCCAGCCUAGCAUUUCACAGAAAAGUGUUUUUCAGAUGUUUCGGAGAUGCACAAAGUAAGGCCUAGUAAAGGGAGUGCUUUGUGAUCUAGUAAAGCUGGAUUGUGAAGCUUUUUCCUGUCAUGGAAUCUUCAUCCACGUGUCAUUCAUGCUGCUCUCUAGGCACACUCAUUGUCCUUAAUAAAGGUCUGUGUGAUUGUAAGGACUGCAUAGACACAUGAGCUUCUGCACAGCUCAGCGGUAAGCAGGGGUCCCCUGUCGUUUCCUUUCUUAAUAACAGAUGUGUAUUAAGCUUUACAAUUCUUAUAGAUAUCUUAAGCUUUGGCCAACUCCAGGAAAUCUUCAAGUGCCAUUGUCUUUCCAAAAAAUGCAUGUUUUAUGGCCUUUGCUCACCUUUUUGUCAUGACUGGUAAUCAAAGCAAGAUUAUACUAUUCUGAGUGAUUAAGGAGCCCAUGCAGGGUUUAAAAUCCAUUUUCUUGCUAUUGUCCAAUGUUUACAGAGUACUCAAAAGGUUUUCCUAAGGUAAUCUAAUUUCCAUCUCCAAUUUAAUUCAAUUUUCAGCAUUGUAGCAUUUCCUUUGGUGUUUUUUCUUUUUUAGACGGAGUUUCAAAAUUUGGAUUCAUAUUCAUAUGUGAGAAAUCCCAGAUUUUUUUUUUUUUUUGAGACGGAGUCUUGCUCUGUCAUCCAGGCUGGAGUGCGAUGGCACGAUCUCAGCUCACUGCAACCUCUGCCUUCUGAGUUCAAGCGAUUCUCCUGCCUCAGCCUCCUGAGUAGCUGGGAUCACAGGCAUGUGCCACUACACCCAGCUAAUUUUUUUUUUUUUUUUUUUGUAUUUUUAGUAGAGAUGGGAUUUCACCAUGUUGGCCAGGCUGGUCUUGAACUCCUGAUGUCAGGUGAUCCACCUGCUUCGGCCUCCCAGAGUGCUGGGAUUAUAGGCGUGAGCCACCAUGCCCGGCCUGUUUCCUUUGCUUUAAAGUGGAUUUGAAUCAGUGUUAAAUCAGAAAAUCAGGGUUUUCUAGGAAAUUGGGAAUUAGUUGCCAGAAAGGAAACUGGACUAUGCAGAAGGAGUUAAGAGCUGGGAUGAGGCUGGAUGGGGUGACUGACAGUCCGGAUCAUUGAAACUGAUUGGGUCGUCAGAAACUGGUCCAGAUGAGGAUGAGGCUGGAUGGGGUGACUGACAGUCUGGAUCAUUGAAACUGAUUGGAUCGUCAGAAACGGGUCCAGAUGAGGAUGAGGCUGGAUGGGGUGACUGACAGUCCGGAUCAUUGAAACUGAUUGGGUGGUCAGAAACUGGUCCAGAUGAGAAUGAGGCUGGAUGGGGUGACUGACAUUCCGGAUCACUGAAACUGGUCCACCAUGACGCAGCAGGGGCAGUUUGGCAGAGCAUCCUCUUCCCUUGUCCUUGUGAAAGAACACAGGAAACAUUUGGGUUUUACAGCUUUUCACACCCUACUAUCAGGCAUCAGAAUCAAAAUUAGUUACUAAAUUGGGUGAAUUUUUGGAAACCUGCGUUUCUGUUCAUCUGCUAUUCCAGAAAAAAAUGGGAAUGUAUUACAGGAGAGUUACCUCACAGUAUCUUAUGUUGUGGAACCUGAAACGUAACCAUGUGUUUUCUUAUAUGAUCAUUUGUGUUGAUACUGCUUUUAUUUGAGUUUAUGAACAGAAAUAGAAAGUAUGGUGCUUGGGUUUUGCCCUUUCUUACUCCUGAAAGUUAAAUCAGAAGACACUGAUUUCAUUUUGUGAAAUUUAGCUCAGAGACGAUUGAUCUUUUGUUUCAUUAAUAUGAACGACUAUUAGUAAAAAAAUAGCUUUAGCAGCAUUUCUGCUGAUAUCUAGUAAUCUAUUCUUUUAAUGUGAAAAUACGAUAAAAUGUCCUGGAGCUAAUUCUAGCUUAAAUUUGCCAGUAUUUCUGUAUGUCAUUAAGUUUUUUUCCUCUAAGUUUGGUAAUAGAAAUUUUGUUAAUCUUUGCAUACUUGAUGGCAUCUAUGUCAAUGCUGAUUGGUUAAUUAUAAAUUCUGUGCUAAUUUAAAACAAUUUGCCUCUUAAGGUGAUUGCCCUCUGAGUAACAAUUGUAGUUAAAUGAAGUAUAGUUUGCAACUAUACUAUCACAUUGGUCGUUAAGUAAAAAUAAAUAAACUAACCAAAUUUGUCUAAGACAGGCUAAGAUCAAUCUUCUCAUCAAAUCAGUUUUUCUCUAAGAGUAAUUUCACUUUAAGUUUUAGGGUGGACAUUCUUGAAUGCCUCAAAUUAAAAGUUAUCUAUUUAAUCUUCGUGGAAUAGUCUGUGACCAAAAAGGAGGGUGUGAUAUAUUCAGGUGUAAAUAUAUCAAAGUGGCCCGGUCGGGCAGCGUCCGCAUCUGCACCACCUAAGAACUUGUUUAAAAUGCAAAUUAGUGGAUUCUACCCCAGAGUUAGGGAACCAGGAACUCUGAGGAUUGGGUUGACCCAUCUGUUUUAACAAGCCCUCCAGGUAAAUAUGAUACAUGUAAGGCUUCCUCUCUUCUCUGGGGGCUGCACCUGGGCCUGUUGAGAAAGGACGAUUGUGUAAACAGGGUCAAAGAGUAGGGGACCAAAAGUGCACUGCCGCGGCAUCAGCGGUUGGUGGUAGAGCGAAGUCUUGAGUGUUGAAGGAGAAAAGACAGUUGGAUGGGUGCGUCCGCUUUUGCUGGGGUCAGAAUGUGCUAGAGGAGAGGUAAUUGCGUUAGAAAUGAUCAAGGUCAGAUUACCAGAAGCAGGGAGAAUCCCCAGGCAGGGGAUUUAGGUGUAAAUAUAUCACAUAUAUGGUGUGAUAUAUUUGGGAUUUAUAUAUUCAGCUAAUUCUCUGUGAAGAAGUCUUCCUGACUAAAAUUGGUUUCAAGAUAAACUAAUUUCUCUGUUAGUAUUUCUACUCUGCCUACCAUGUAUGCCUUUUUGUUAGAAACUAAUAAAUGUAUCAGUCACUAGCA